GGGCCGGCUGGCAACGAUUCCCGGAGACCACUAAGUCGCGACCCCGCUGGCCAGGCCAAGGGGCUCGUCCGUGCCCGGGCUGUCCUCGACGUAGUGCUGUUUCCAGCUGGGGCUUUGCCUAAGGAGCAGGGAAGGAGAAAGGGAUAAAGCUAGGAAACGGUGCGGGCAAGAAAGUGAAGGGCUACAACCUCGACUCUGCUGGGGUGCUGCAUUCGGGGUUUUUUCUUAAUUUUCAAGGAAGGGGAAAUUUUGUUUCCUCCUGGGGCAGAGGCUGCCCAGAACCGGGCACAACUCUGGGAAGGGGCUGGUGCCUGUUCUCAUUAGCCCUUGAACUCCCUGAGGCGGCUUGCAACUCGCGCCAGCGGCUCUUCGCUUUCCUCCGAUAUUGCCCCGAGGUCUCCUAACGAAAUCCCUUCCCCUCCUCCCUAUAUUGCCCCCAGUCGCCGCCGCCGCCGAGCAAGCAGGGAAGGGAGCGCUGGAGGAGCGGCGCGGCGGCCGCAGCGCGCCCGCCCGCCCCGGCUGCCGCCCGCAGAAGAUGCACUUCAGCACCGUCACCAGGGACAUGGAAGCUAUCUCCAGCCCCUGGCUCACCCAGCUGUCCCAUUUUUGCGAUGUUGCAGCUUUCACGGCCAACAGCCUGAGCAGCCUGAACGCCUCCGGGGGGUACCACCUCUCCCCUUCCCCGGGGGACCCGUACGGACAGCAUGAGCCGCCGCACUACGAACCCUGCACGGCUCAGCAGCAUCCGCACCCGCCGCCACAGCCCCAGCACGGCUACCCUUUCGGCGGGGCGGCGGCGGCGGCAGCGGGGGCCAAUCCGCCGCCCCCAGGCCCCGAGCCGCCCGAGGGCGCCGGGGGAGCCGCCGCGGGGCCAGCCGCCGUCUCGGGCUGCUCCGCGGGGUCGGCCGCCGCAGCCAAGGCGCCGGUGAAGAAGAACCCGAAGGUGGCCAACGUGAGCGUCCAGUUGGAGAUGAAGGCGCUGUGGGACGAGUUCAACCAACUGGGCACCGAGAUGAUCGUCACCAAGGCCGGCAGGCGCAUGUUCCCCACCUUCCAGGUGAAGAUAUUCGGGAUGGACCCUAUGGCUGACUACAUGCUCCUCAUGGAUUUCGUCCCUGUGGACGACAAGCGAUACCGGUACGCCUUCCACAGCUCCUCCUGGCUGGUGGCCGGCAAAGCCGACCCCGCCACCCCCGGGAGGGUGCACUACCACCCCGACUCCCCGGCGAAAGGAGCGCAGUGGAUGAAGCAGAUCGUUUCCUUCGAUAAGCUCAAACUGACCAACAAUUUGCUGGAUGACAACGGGCAUAUCAUUUUGAACUCCAUGCACAGAUACCAGCCGCGUUUUCACGUGGUCUACGUGGACCCCCGGAAAGACAGCGAGAAAUACGCGGAGGAGAACUUCAAAACCUUCGUCUUCGAGGAGACGCGCUUCACAGCCGUGACCGCCUACCAGAACCACCGAAUCACACAGCUGAAGAUCGCCAGCAACCCUUUCGCCAAGGGAUUCAGAGACUGUGACCCUGAGGACUGGCCCAGGAAUCACAGGCCAGGGGCCCUGCCUCUCAUGAGUGCUUUUGCCAGAUCCCGGAAUCCAGUCUCUUCCCCGGCACACCAGAAUGGGACAGAGAAAGAUGCUGCCGAGAGCCGGCGGGAGUUCGAGCGGGAGGCGGCCGGCGGGACGGCGCUGCACGCCGAGGCCGCGCACCAGCAGCUCAUGUCCCGCGUGCUCAGCCCCGCGCUGCCGGGCGGCGGCGGCGGCCUGGUGCCCCUGGGCGGUGCGGGCGGCGGCCGGCCCAGCCCUCCCCACCACGAACUGCGCCUGGAGCCCGCCGCCUCGGAGCCGCUCCACCACCAUCCCUACAAGUACCCGCCGGCGGCGGCCGCCGCCUACGACCACUACCUGGGGGCGAAGAGCCGGCCCGCGCCCUACCCCCUCCCCAGCAUCCGCGGGCACAGCUACCAUCACCACCAUCAUCAUCACCACCACAUGAACGCGGCGGCCGCGGCGGCGGCGGCUGCCAACAUGUACUCCUCGUCCGGCGCGCCCGCCAGCUACGACUACGGGCCCAGAUAACGGGGCCGCCGGCGGCGCGAGAGACUGGCAGCGGCCGCGCGUGCCGCGACCGUUACCGUCCUUUCCCCCCCUUCCCGCCUUUCCCUCUCUCCCCGCCUCACGAGUGAGCUGAUAGGCCAGCCUGUCCUCAUCGACACCCGCAGAGACCAAUCGCAGGAAGCCGGCGCCGCCGUCCCGCUCCCCACCCGUCGGCGGGCCGCGAGGCGGUGUGUGGUGAGGGGCCGGGGCGGGCGGGGUGUUGCCCGCCGCGGUGUGACCCGCAGCUGCACUUUGAUAAAUGAAGCCAUAUGUCGUUCUGUAUCUUCACCCUACCCCCGCGCCUCCGUUAUGCGGUGCCCCCGAGCGCGCCGGGCACCGAGGACCGCUGGAAGCGGUGGGAGCACGGGGAGCAGCAGCGGUGAGGUAACUCGCCCCCGUCUCCCUCACCUGCCGGCUCUUUCGAUGGAGGUUUGGUGUUGCCGCCAGUUUUGGCGGUGCCAAAAGUGUUUCCCAGCCCAGGGGGGUGUGUACGGUUAGCACCGGACAGGGAGGGCUGUGGGGCUGGCCGUGGGCACCGGGCUCCGCGGUAGGGUGUAAUUCUGCACGGGUCGGUGUGAGUCUCGGCUGGUGGGGGAUGCUUGGUCUCGUUUGCAGGAGGCUCAGGUGGUUCUGUGAGGACUGUCAGAGGAGGCACAGUUUAGCUUAAGGGAACACUUUGAAUCUUCACUGUCAAAGCUAAUUGCCCGCUUCUCCUCCAGUCCCGACCUGCCUGUGAGUUUUGGGGUUCUUUGGGGCGGCUUAACCACAUCAGCAUUUUCUGGAGCUGUUGAGCCCAUGGCCAAGAGCAUGCUGUGUACGUCUUCUGUUUUUUACAACAGUGGAUGCUAAGGUUUAGAAACCAGCCUGGGGUGAGGGAAUACUCAGAGUUUAGGCUGCGUAUUCUCAGCAAUAGUUUAUGAACUGGCUGCCUCCCAAGCAGCCUCACAGUACUGCCUUUCUACAUCCUUUCCCGAGCUCUUGAUCUCCCAUUGAGAGGUGCCUUUUAGAGGAACUAAAGGGUUUUUCCCCCCAAAUGCCUCACCCUUUGUAUUUGGCUGACCCAAACUGCAGUAGUCCCAAAGCACCUAUUCUGCACCUACCUGCUUGCUGCAUCUUCCCUCUUAAAGCUGGUAAGUACUUUUUUCUUUUUUCCCUUUAAUAUCUUCCUUCAGCAGUAGUCUUUCCGUAUUGUUGAAAGGAUGGGCCUGCUCAUCACAGCUUCUCUGGUGAUGUGUUUUGGACAGUUGGCUUCUGUUCUUUGUCAGAUGCUCACUAAGUGGCAGUCCCUUUAUGUUCAGAAAAGGUAUUGAGCAGCCCCUCAGCUGUGUUGGAAUACAGUAUUAUGAACACUUCUCAUUCUUCCACUAGUCUAUGACAAGGAGGGGGUUGUCUUUUUGAAAGUUCUCUAUUCAUCCAUGUUUGUGCAUUUCCACUAUAAACCUUUUAAAACAUAACCUUUCCCGUGAGCAGGUGGCAGUGUUAAUAGCAAUGUUUAUUCUGUUUUGGGCAGUGGGCUUUGGGCUUCCAAAACUUUUUGGAAGGGUUUAAGAAGGGAUACAGGCUAACAUGAGUAUUUUAUGUAUUUUUUUUUUCUGUUAUAAAAACCCCAUAUAUUUGGAUCCGAUGAAAAGACUUGUGCAAGAAAUAUGUAUUUUAUUUGACAUUUGCAGUGAAUUGUGAGAUUCUUAGUGUCUGACUAAACCAUAAUUAAUGUUCUCAGAAAGGUUGAUGUAAAAUAGCCUUGUGCUUAUUAUUAGUCAGUGGGAAAUGGCUCUUGGAUGUGCUCUGUUGCUUUGCCGCUGUUACUUCAGAGUUUUCAGUAUGAUUUGUUAUCUGUAAACUGAUUAGUGCCAAAGCUUUGGUCAAAAGUUUAAUGAAGUUGUUAUAUUUAUUAUUUCUUUCAAAGAUUAUACAAACACUUUUUUUUUUGUUCUUGAUAGCUGCAGUGUAGGAAAAAAGUGAAAGCAACCAAAGAAUCAUAUCUGCAAACAGUGUAGAUACAUGUAGAUACCUGUAGAUAUAUGUAGAUAAUCUUAUUUCAUUUAAAUUGAAAAGACAUUGGACAGUGACAUUUAUAAAUGUUUUUCCUCUUCUUUCUUUCUU